UUUGUCUUCAACAGCUCAUGAUGAGGUAGAGCCGACAAAGCCGUACCUUGCGAGGGCACGGCGCCCGGGGAGUGAGUUGCUGCCUGGCAAACUCCGACAGUCUUUGCCCUGGUGCAGGUGAUGUGGCGCCCACCAGAGUACGCCUACGAUGGGCUGGCGCUUCGUAGAAGCCUGCCCCGGAAUUCCUCGCCGCCGCCGCGGUCUACGAGGUCACAGCUGCCAGGGCAGACCGCAAAGCGCCUGGACCGAGGUGCGGCCCUGCCACGUAGCUGCUUCCGCCCGUGCCUGAUCCAGGCCCGCGCCAGCCCGCGGAGAGGUGCCACCGCCUCAGAGUGUUUGGCCCAGGAAUUGCGGCCGUCUACGCCGCCACUCCGCUCCAGGUCUUACCUGCAGCACACGCCCCGCGCGGUGUGCCAGGACCUGCCGCUGAGACACAGUCCGCUGGACAGUAGUGCUUGGGAGAUCACACCCUCCUCGGUCGGCUCUGCGGGCUCCGCGCACUCGGGGGCCUCCACGGCCUGCGGCACGCCUCCCAAGGUUUGUCAGACCAUUGCAACCCCGCCUGUGCAGGUGCCCUCGGAACCGGCCGCCGGGAGCUGCUGCAAGGCCCAGCUGCAUUUUCAGGACGAUCCCUGCCUUCCAGCACCGGUUGCGCCACUGGAGGUGCCAGCGCGGAGCAACGGGAGCGUCCAGUUCCGGAGCAUGGUGUCAUUCUACAGCCAAAACUCCGGCGAUGCCUUCGAGGCUGCCGCUCAAACCCAGUCUGCCGCGCCGGACGAGGCAUGCAAGCCGAACCGCUCUCAUGCGGCCACCUUUGACUCGGACAUCACCGAGGCUCAUGAGGGCAAACGCAGCAGCGUGCUAAGCUGUGCUUCGACCAAGGCGCCAAGCGUGCGGGAGCGGAGGCGUAGCAGUAUCGGCAAGAUCGGAGGCGGGCUGUCGCGCCUCUCCAAUCGCCGAUCCAGCGUGGCGGUGCGUGACGUGCUGGAAGCGCUGGAAGCGCCGGGCACCAAGAGCAUCGAUGAGGAUCCGGCUCCAGAAGCAGAGAAGGAGGAGGAGGCAGAGGAAACCUCCAGCGAGGGCGAGGAGCCGAGCAGCUUUCUUGACCAGAGGCGCGGCGGGGUCUCCGCCGAGGCACACGGCACCUGGAAUCAGUUCAGCUCCACUUGGCACACACCCAGCGAGCCCAAGACGCAGCAGCAGAGGGCAGACCUGAUGAAGGCUUUGAGGAAGUGCCCCUUCACUCAGAAGGUGGACGUCGGCACGCUGGAUGGCCUUGUGAGCGCUAUGCCGGUGCAGCAGUUUCCACCAGGCGCUCUGGUGUGCAGACAAGGUGACUCGGGCGACUGCGCUUUCAUACUCCUCCAAGGCACUGUCUCUGUCUUCAAGGAAGAUGCAGACCGUGUCUUUGUGCGCAGCCUCCCUGAGGGCCGCGUCUUCGGUGAGUUCUCCAUGCUAUGGAGCACUCCGCGCACGCGCAGUGUGUACGUGGACGAAGCUGAAGAGGCCGUCUUGGCCAUCUUGAGCCGGGAGGUCUUCCAGAACCUGGUCGUGCGGAGCGUGAUGAGAGAGCGCAGUCGUAGGGAGGACUGCCUGCGGCGCUCCGCGAUGCUGGAGACUUUGAGCGACGAGCAGAUCGCCCAGCUCGCCGAUGCGCUGGAGAAGAAGUGUUACGCGCCCAGCGAGGACAUCGUUCGUCAGGGGGAAGAAGGGGACGAGCUGUACGUGAUUCUGGAGGGGACCUGCGUGGUGACUGUGAAAACCGGCACAGCGGAGGAUGUCGACAUCCAGGAGUAUCGCAGAUGUCACGCUGGCGACAUGUUUGGGGAGAAGGCUUUGCUGGAGAAGACUCAGCGCUCUGCGACUGUCACCGCUGUGACCCAGGUGGAGGUGCUCGCCUUGCGUCGUGCCGCCUUCGAGCGAAUGCUGGGACCUCUGAGCCAGCUCCAAGAUAUGCACUACCUCUGCGACCCCAGGAGGAGUAUCGCAAGCUUCUACCAGCCGGGGGACCAGUCAGGCCCAGCAGGCGUGUGCCAAGGCGGAGGCAAUGGCGAGACCACGGAAUGGUUUGCAGUCUACCGGCCUACUAGCCGGGAUGCCAUCGCCAAGAUGCUGAGCUCUGUCGCGGUGGGGAAGGGCCUGAACGUCAAGGGCAAGUCUGCAAAGCUGAACCGCCUCUCGGGUUUCGUGCCCUUUCUGCAGAUCAGCCAGGAGAAGGACAAGGGGGAGAUCGAGGAGUCGCCGCCGGAGGCCCGGGCCAGCAUCUUCUUCGGGUCCGCGGAGCUGCGGCAGAGCGCACGCUUGCAGCUACAGACCUUUCUGGAGCGUGAAGCACUUGACAUCCAGGACAGGCGAAUCGUCAACUUGGACUCGUACGCCUCCCCGGGGCUCGACCUGCCUGAGCCGCUCCUUCGCUAUGCCUUUAUCCAAAAGCCGGACAUCCAGCCGGCCGUCGGGUGGGAGACCGGACGGAUCUCUUCGCCUGCGUUUAUGGACAUGAAUCUGCAAGCCUUGCGCGGUGGCUCCAAGCCGAAUGUGGUGCUCUACCAGUACGACCAGGACAAUGCCAUGAACCCCCACGGCCUGCUGAUCGCCUAUGCGGAGGCCACGGUGAAGCCAGUGGUCUCUGACUUCGAUACCUUCACUGUGGGCAGUACCAACAUGCGGUACAGCGCUUUGGCUUCGGAGCAGGCGCAGCUGGCACUCUGGGCUCUGGACCACACUGAGGGCCUCUUGAAGAGACCGUCCCCUUCCUCUUGGACCACGCGAUGGCUGGAGGUGCUGAAGCAGGCCCAUGAACAAGGCUUUCAUCCCGACGUGCCGGAGUAUGGCUUCGGGGAUGCAACGUCGUAUCGGCUCAUCGAGGGCAUCGUGCACGCCACCCAAGACUCGGGGGCGGUGCGCCACGGAGCUGAGUGCUUCAACUUCUACUUCCCCCAGGAAUUGGACGAAAACUUCCUGGUGGUCUGGGAAGGCUUUGACGACAAGCCCUGGAUGUACAUGGACGAGGACGAGCUUAGGGACUUCCUCGUCGAGCGAGUGGAGGAGGGCUAUGCCAUGCCGCUGAACCCCAUUUGGUGUGUGCGGGACCCUGGGUGGUUCGACGUGCUGCAGGCGCAGAUGGAGAGCCCCUUUUGCAAAGCAGCGCUUGAGGCCUGGUAUCCUCCGCAGUCUGGCAUCCUGGAGAAGGUGCAGGCACUCCAUGAGGAGUUUCCCGAUGGACUGGAACUUGCCAGCCGCAGCGAGGUGCCGCAGCUGCAGCGGUCGUUCUCCACCUGCCCUGACCUGGACACCCUCGAGCGAGCGACGCUGGCAUCUUCCAUCGCCACCGCCAAAAGCAGCAGGUGGAGCGCGGCCCUACGAAAGGUCAACCUCAUGCAGUCCAUUUCACGAGCUAGCAUUGCCACCUCCGUUUAAGGACCUCAUAGAGCAAGAGACUUGAGGGAAUUUCCCCUCCCACCAAUUAACAGGGAACCUGACG